AUGGUAAUUAUUAUAGAUAUAAAUAUAAAUAUCAAUACUCUAUUAAAUAGACAGCAGGGUGGUAUGCCAGCAACAGGUAAAUUCAACCAGAACUAUUGUGUUAUGAAUAUUGCGAUUGCAGGUAAAGCUCAUCUUGAAUCUGGUGGAAAGAUUUUAUUACCACCAAGUGCAUUGAAUACACUCAGUCGUUUACAUAUUCAAUUCCCAAUGCAGUUUGAAAUCUCCAAUACAGAUAAACAUAGAUCUUCACAUUGUGGUGUUUUAGAAUUUACAGCAGAGGAAGGUGUUUGUUACAUGCCGAAAUGGAUGAUGAACAAUCUUCAACUGAAAGAUCAAGAUAUCGUUACCAUAAAGAGUGCUACACUUCCAAAUGGUCAAUUUGUAAAGAUUCAACCACAUACACAAGCUUUUCUAGAGACUGCCAAUCCAAAAGCAAUUUUGGAGAAUGCAUUGAGAAAGUUUGCAACGUUAACAAAGGCAGAGGAUUUCGUGAUAGAAUACAACAACAAAAACUAUACAUUGAGAGUGUUGGAGAUCAAACCGGUGAAUCCAUCGAAUGCCAUCUCUAUUAUUGAAACUGAUAUAUCUGUAGAUUUUGCACCACCCUUGGAUUCGAAACCUGAGGAAACCUAUAAGCCACAAACCACAGGAUUCACAUUUGGUACAACUAGUGUUGCCAAGCUCAUUCCACCUGGAAGUUCGAAAAAACCACAAAACGAUUCCGACGAAGAGGAGUCAUCGGAUGAAGACGAACCAAAAUUCAAGGCAUUCGGUGGUACCGCUGCCAGAUUGGACGGUAAGAGUGGAACACCAAGUACACCACCAAAGAACAUGUUGGGAACAUCACCAAAACCACAAACCAAUUCUCCACCCGUAAGUGAGCUCAUACAAUACAUAUCAAACUUUCAAACAAAAAAUCCAUCUUUAUUACAUCUACUAACAAAUCGUAAAUCUAUUAUAACCAUUUAUAGAACAACAGCAAUAACAAGAGUGAUAAGAAUUCCACUUGUUUUUGAUAUUAUAUUCGAGUUUAGUUAA